UUGCGUUUUAUUCUCUCAACUUGACACAGUGUCUCAAUCCAAGAGCGCUGUGAGCCUCAAUUACCUGUCAGUGUGCUGGAAAACUGGUGAGGAGAAAGAAGCAUCUCUCCUCUCCUCUCUUGAUUUUUUUGUUUGUAUUUUCCUUUUUAAAGUAAACAAUUAACUGGGAUGUGCAUUGCUCAGUUUUCUAUCUUAAACUAUACGUUUUAGGACAGUGAUUGCCAUGAAGAAGCAGCACUUUCCUGGGAGUGGAGGAGAGCUUUUACGCAUCGCACAUCUUGGAGCGUCGAUGCAGAAUAGACAAAUAUAAAAACUGCUGUUAGUAUAACUGCGCUCUGCGAGUGGACUGUAUAUAUAUAUAAUGAGGUACGGACUGGUGGUUGUAACUGCUGGGUUUAUAGGUUUGCUCAGCUUUACCCUCCUCGCUGUGGCUAUUGGGACUGAUUACUGGUACAUUAUCGAUGUGAAUAAAUCCAACUGCACAGGUUCAGACGACCUGAGUUCUCAUUCUGGACUGUGGAGAAUUAUUGAAGGAGCAAACAUGAGCUCAGUCAUCCCUUCUUUCACAGCCAAUAUGUCCAGCCUGUCAGAAGCGGAAAGGCAACUUCUUGGCUUGCACAAAGUGGUGGUCAUCCUGUUGCCCCUCAGCCUGGUCCUGCUGGUGUUCGGCUGGAUCUUUGGACUCGUCAGCUCGUUGGCCUGCAGUCCCAAAUUGCUGGCUGGAUCCGCAUCCUACGUUCUCUUCUGCAGUCUUUUCACCCUCUCCGGGGUCAGCAUCUACAUCAAAUACUCGAAUCAGGCCAUGGAGGAGUUCCAGCGGGUCGUGUCCCCAGAGAACCUCGCCCACGUGGACGUUUCCUUCGGCUGGUCCUUAGCCAUCGCCUGGCUCUCCUACAGCCUGGAGGUGGCCAGCGGCCUGCUGCUCCUGCUGGCUGCCAGAAUAACUCAGAUGAAGGGGCGCUAUGACUCUGGUGUAGUCAUCGCCAUGUUAUAGAUUGAUGUUUUAUGAUGGUAUUUUAUUGCUUUUACUUAUUUAUUUUUGGUACUGAAGUAAAAACAGAUUUGAAGAGUAUUGUAAUACCAUCAAGCGAGCUGGAUUUACAUCACUGCUGCAACUAUAGAUACACAGAUGGUGAAUAAGUGACGCAGUUUUCACUCGCUUGUUGUGACGCCAGCUGCCUUUCAUCCUCUCGGUAUCAUUUUCUGUCUAUUGUCCCAUAUACAAUGAUGUUAUAAAUGUGGCCAUGCAAACAGAACAAACAGGCUAACCACUCAGUGUGUAAUUACUGUAGAUACUGUAUAAGCAGUAUUUGUUUGUUUUUUUAAGUGUUUUUCAGUAAUUUCAGCCUUUUGUUGCCAUAUUCCAUCCAUAUGUACAUUUUGUAUAACUAAUUACAUAAUAUUAUGUAUUGUGUAUAAUUGACCAUAAUUAUGUAUUGUGUUUGUAAGUCACAUUUGAUUCAGCAGUAGGUUUUCUUUGUUUUGAAACAUGUUUGUAAUUUACAGAGAGCAGAUCCAUCUACGACCCAAAUGCAAAUUCACUGCCAUGCAAUAUGAACACGGGCAAAAAUGGGAAGUGAAGUUGCAUGGGAUCAUUUCCUCUUUGACGGGUGCUAUAUAAAAUCCUUUGAGGAGGACUUCUGCAUCUUCGCUACACCCAUAUUGCAUUUAAAUAUUGUUCAUAUCAGUGGAUCAAGUCAUGUGAAAACAUUGCUGAUUCUGCAGCAGAUAACCAGCAGGCAAUGGAGCCACCUAGACUCUAGCACACAGUCAGGACUGGUUUAGUUUCUAGUAUUUCAUGAUAGAACAGCUACUGCAUGUUGAUCCAUGGGUCAGAGAAAAUUUGCAUUUCACAGCUUUUGAAAAGCAGUUAGCAUUUGGCCAAUGUAGAAGUUAAAACAAUGUGACUUUUAGAGAAAAUGUUGAGUUUGUGCCUCCCGUUUAAAAACGUCCUACACUCAUCCUACUGGUAAAUACAUUAAUCACAGAAACAGGGCAGAAGAUAAGUGUGCUCUCGUGGGAUCCUGCAAGUUGAUUUCAGCCGUACAGAAUAUGUGCCCAUGUUGCUGCAUGCUUUGCAGUAUAGUUAACGGCUAGAUAUUGUGAUAUUCUGUCUGUGCUGUCCACUUUUAGAAAUGAUAUUUCUUCUCUCUGCAUACUGGAAGUAAAAAGAACAAAUGCAACAUUUGGCACUUUGCGUUGAUGUAAAAUGUAUUGUGUUGUUGUUCCGUUUUCGCAAUCGUAGCAAACGUUGCUUAUGCUUUCAUAACUGAUCAGCUUAAAGGGUAACUUUGGCAUUUUUCAACCUGGACCCUAUUUUCCCAUGUUUUUGUGUCUAAGCGACUAAUAGGGACAACAAUCCUUAAAAUCGGUCCAUUAUUGAGAGAUAAUGCUGUAACCGGCAGCCGAGAAAUGAGCUGUGAGGGCAAGUGAGCAGCGUCAAUGUAACGUUACGUUCACUAAAAGUGCUUGUUUUGCCACUGACAGGCUCAGAUUGUUAUUAUAAGUGUCUGACAACAUUAUGGAAAGGACCCUACAGAGAAAUAAAUUGUUUUUUUUAUCUUUCGCUUGAUCCGUUCUGUUUGUUAUCGUCUCCAAGUCUCGCUCAGGGAGAAGUGUCAUUGUGGAAUCUGAAUAUCCGUAUACUCUGGCUCAAAUAAAGACGGGCGGCCAUCGAAUUCAAAGACCUCAUCCACAUUGUGGAAAUCAUCAUAAUAUUCAGCCAUGAUGUUGAAAGUCCUUUAGAUAAUGGCAAAAAACAAGCACUUUUAGUGGACAUAAAUGACGGUGUCAGCUUGCCCCAAUAGCAUCAUAUUGCAGCCUGUGAGCAGCUGCAGGCUACAGCGCUCUCCCUCAAUACUGGACCAAUUUCAUAAAUUGUUGUCCCUAUUAGUUAGACACAAAAACAUGGGAAAAUAGGGUACAGGUUGAAAAAUACCAAAGUUGACCUUUUACAUUUUAUUGUUAACUGUGACAGAAAAGCAAUGAACAUCAAUCCAGCUGUAGUGUGAAUGCAUACUGUAAGUAAAAGUCCACAUUGAUCAAAAGCUUUUAAAUGUCAGUGACACACUCUGUAAUCUAAUUGUGCAAAAUGUCCUGAAGAUUUUUGUGUUGUGAGACAAUAAGAUCAUCUAAAACAUCA